GAAGUUGCAGCUCAAAGUGUCAUUGGAAACAGGGCAGAGAGUCAAGAUCGGCCUACAGCCACGGUGAUGAAGCUGAGGUUCAACGCCCAAGAUUUUGUAAAGUAAGUACUGAACUGCAACACAGUACUACAGAUGAAGAAAGGGAUCUAAGGAGUCGAGCAGCUCACUCCAGUUCCUAACUAAAGAGAAACAGAAGCCGGUGAAAUGGCCAGUGAAUCAUGUAAUACUCCACCCUAUCUCGGACUGGCCACCGUGGGGGGGGUGGUUGUAAUUAGAAGAACAACUUCAAGGCUUUGGACUGGGAGGGCCGUGAAGAAAUUGGACUAUGCUAAAGAAGAACUCCUGUCACAAACUGAUGGAUUAAACUGGAAAAGGGGCUGAAGUCGUGAGGAAGAAGUGGCGUCAUAGAAAAUCACUAAGAUCAACCCUGUAACAAAGCAUUGAAGUCAGACCCAACACCUAGAAGGAUCUGGCAACUGUUUCGUCCUGAUAUCUAGAGCACCUGUCCUGGAUAUUCAGCACUGUAAGUUUGGCAGUUUUUUUUUUUUUUUUUUUUUUUUUUUUAAAUUGGACGAUUCCUGAUGCCUCCAACAACUCCAGUACCCCUUAAAGACCACAGCUACGGAAAAGGAUCACGAUUACGAGGAAAGCGUCAUGCUGCUUAUUUUUUUGCUUUGCUCUGCUGAAUGUUCGAGAUUUUUUUUUGAGGCCUUCUUCCUUCCCACAUCCUGAAGAAACGACAGUUCAUCCAGCGAAGGUUCCUGUGGAAGAAUCAGAGCGAUCCAAGUUCUCUUCAACAUUCAUCACCUAAUGGGGGAAAUUAAAACUCCAAGGAGGGGGUGUCAAGAGAGGUGGAGUUUUGAUGACUACACUGAGCCCUUUGUGACAACUGAGGAUGAAGAAUCUGCAACUUCACAUCCCAGAAGAACCUCUUCUCUUUCCAGACGAUGACGACGCAGAACUGCAGGAGGGUGAUGGACUCCCAGCAUGGGAAAGGUCUGACCUCGUGGAGGGGGUGUCAAGAAAAUCCGAGAUCAUCCCACUUCCCCAUGCUGGAGAUUUUAGUUUAACAGUAAAAAUAAAUAAAGUUAUCUUUAAAAUUAAUUACUCAAGUAAAAUCUAGACCCAACAUUAGACUUAAAUGUCAAUAAAAUCAAUUUGGUUGUGUGUGUUGUUUCUGUCUCCUGCAAACUUUGCUUUAAUUCUACUUUUUUCUAUUUAAUCAUAAGAAAUCAUAGUCAAGACAGAGAGUCAUGAAACAGGAAAAGCAGUUUCCUGGAAAAAGAGGAAGUAAGUUUCCAGCCUGCAGAUUUAUAAAAAUAGUUCAGACUAUUACUUAGCAUGAAAGUUUUAAAGAAAGAAAUCUAAAGAUUGUGAGUAAUUGGAUAAGAUUCAAAGUAAAAUACUUAUAUUAAUAUUGGUUUACUUGUAAUAAUACUUACACUUACACUUACAUUAGUGGGAACUCUUACAAGUAAAACAAGUAACUGUAACUUUGAUAUCAAAUAAUAAGAAUCAUGGAUUAUUCUUGGUUUCUUUACAGAAAACAUUUGUAAUAACUCACAUUAAGAUUAUAAUAAGAGUAACUGAUAAAUUAUGGUUAUCAUAACAUUAUAAAAGAAUGAUAAAUCAGAGAAGUAAAAGAAGUUAUAAAUGUGAUUUUUACUCUGAACUUGAAAUGUUAUAAAUGUGAUUUUUACUCUGAACUUGAAAUGGUGUCAAAGGUGUAACUGCAAUUAAAGAUCACUGAUGUGUUGGAGGUAGAUUGUAGGUGAAAGGUUAAGGAGAAAGAGGAACUAACAGGAGAGCAGAGAUGGUCAACACCUUAUUUGGAAACAGGUUGUUGAGCAAAAGUGGGGUGUGGGUGCGACUUUAGCAACUCUCGGUGCGAAGAUGUGAGUUUGGAGGAUGCAGUUGCUCCUUUUCUCGAAAGGAGUUGUGUCCCACGUGCCUGGGUCAAAGUGACCCAGGUCACAAGUGUCACAGGUGCAUUAUUUGCAACCUUCAACAGUAACCAGGGCGAAGGCCUGAGCUAAGAGUUGGGGCCUGGUUGCGCAGUCAUGAGGAUGUGCUUACAGAUGUUCUUUUUCUAUAAAAAUGCCUAGGAGACUGCUACAGCUUUGUGUGUUGAUUAAUAGUGAUUGCUUAAUGUGUAAUCUCUGUAUUUUAGUAUGUUUUCUGUAACGAUGAACCAAAAUCAAAUAAUCUAAUGUAAUGAAUUGAUGUUUUAUAUAAAACAAACUUUAUUGAUUAAAGUUAAUUAUAUGGAUAAGAGUAUAGAAUCAAAGAAAGAGAAGGAAGGCUGAGGUGGGUGCAAACUGCAAAUGUCAGAACAUGAGAGUGGGUUUAGUUGUGCAACUGCCAGGUCACAAGUAUGCCUGCCACUUGAGAAAGUUUCCAACAGUCGCAGGUGUCAAAAGCACGUUAUCUCGCAACAGGGUCAAUAUGACCCAAGUCACGAAUGUCACCAGAGUGGUGUGCAAUCUCCCACAACGGUUGGGGCCUGAUUGUAGAGGCGGACAAACGCAAGCAGCACCCCUGCUCUCUCUCUCUAUCUGGGGUACAUGCCCACAAGUGCAGAAACGAUAAAAAUGUGAGACCGAGGUGAUACGAUGUUCUUCUUCCCGCGCUGAGACUCUACACAAGUGUGGUAAGAAGACCAGCAGAGGACUACGCCCUGGAACCAAGAAAAGCGCCUCACAAGGAGGACAACGGAGCUCCUCACGCCGGACCAAAGGGCGAGAUCCACCGACCCAAUCUCUUGGUUCCUCAUUGGAUUUCCAAACUCUGCACUCGACCCAACGAUCUCAAAACCACAUCGCAACAGACUUGGGGAACUGAACAAAAGUCACAGGAUCGACUAAGGGCUGUUCGGCUGGAUGAAGCAGACAGUUCAUUUUGUUUCGGUUCCAAAGAGGAUUUAUGAUUCAAAGUCAAAGACUCUGACCAAGGACUACAAGGACUCCUGUUGCCAAGAUCCGAUACCAUCGAUGGCCAUGUUUACUGAGGUUCCCCAUGACAUGACUGCCCAGAGAGGCCAGGAUGUGGAGAUGGCCUGUUCCUUCAGAGGAGCAGGAACGCCGUCCUACUCACUGGAGAUCCAGUGGUGGUACAUCAGGAACCACCUGGAGUGGACGGACCAGCAGCCCUGGACUAAUGAGGUGUCUCCUGAGGAGGAAACGCCAAAGGAUGCUACAAAGAUCAGUGUUGUGAAGGUCGUGGGCAGCAACAUCUCCCACAAGCUCCGCCUCUCCCGGGUCAAAACGUCUGAUGAAGGCACCUAUGAAUGCCGUGUAAUCGACUUCAGCGACGAGGCCGGCGCCCGCCGCCACCGCGUCAGAGCCUACCUGCAGGUGGUGCCAGAGAGCGCUGCCGCCGGCCCCGAGCGCGACGCCAACUUUGACGCCGGGGACGACACCAAGGUGGGGGCAGCGUUCGUUGAUGCAGAGCCACACGGCGGUGGCCAUCUCCAGAACCAUGGGCCCCACCUGGAGCACGACAAGCGGCCCCAAGCGGCCCCCCACCACGGCCACAGCCACGGCGGCGGGCCGCAGCACAACGCUGCCAGGGAGCUGAAGAGGAGCGGCACGGACAAUAACCACAGUGAUUGCUCCAAUGAGCCAAGCUGCACUCUGUAAAGCCAGAGGUCACAGAACCAGAUGUUUGGUCACAGAAAGCAGCUUCCCUCUCACACAGAGCAGGCCUGAAGAAAUCUAGAAUCCAUAGAAACAUCUAAUAUGGCUUGUAAAGAGUGCAAGGCGUGAACUGUGAGGGGGGAGUGAUUCCUAUUUAUGUUGAUUUUGUGCAGAAGUCUAGAUGAACUGGUUCCUGUGUGUAAACUGCCUGUAAAGCAGGGGGGCGGGGUAGAUCUAGGCAGCUUUACUGUUUCUGAUAUCAGCAUCCACAACUAGAUAACCUACUAAAAAAAGAAAAGACAAAAGACUUUAGUCUGUCUAUUAAUCAGUAAAUAAUAUGUUGCUUGUACUCGAGAUCCUGUAAAUGACAUGAUCACUGCCUUACUGUCGCUCCAUCGCCCAGACAAACAGAAAGUGGAAUAUUUCCUCACUGGUUCAAUUCCAAGUGCUUUUAUUCACACAGUCCUCUGAAGUCCAACGUAAAAAACCUGAUGAUUUCUUUUUGGUCUCAGCUUCAGCUCUUGAGUUGUUAUUUUACUGUGUUUGUGUUCAUGAAUGUUAAUGAUCUAGACGCUGCACACACUCAUUAUAGUAAUGAACUUUCUGUCUGAUCCAGGACAGAUCCUGAAUAGUUCACAGAGAAUGGGGAGAUUUCAAUAAAUAAUAUUAAUAAUAACACAUUACAGAUGGUAUUUUCCCAACAAUCGCUUUACAGUUCAGAAAAUAGAAAUUUUUCUCCCCACCUUCUGCUGAAGGUCCAAACAAAUUAAACUGUUUCACAUAUUUUUUUUUAAGUCAGGAGAGGAUUCAACCUUAAACACUAAAUUGAUCAAUAUAAAUAUGCCUCUAAUUAUUGACAGGAAAUAUAAAACCAGAUUGUGAUCUCACUGUAAUGUAUAACCUUGCAAAAGGUAUCUCUUGAAAUUAUCAUAUUGAAACCACAAAUUUUAGUGCAUUUUAUUUUAUUUGGUAUUUUAUAUCAAACACAAAGUGCAAAACAACUGUUACAUAGUUUUCAGGUUGUUGUUUUAUUUUUUUUGGAAAAUCUGAAAAGUGUUCAUUUUUAAAGGAAAUGCACUGCACAAAGACAAAAUCUUAUCAAGUAUUUUUAAUCUAGUUUAUAUUAUUUCUUAAACUGCUGAUAAAAUUUAUCAGCAGUUUUGUUGGUUUAUCACAAAAUCCCUGUAAAACAUGAGGUUUGUGGCUAAAACCAGAAAAAAUGUGGGAAACUGUAAGGCUUUUGCACAGCGGCACAGUUUUAUGCGGUAAAUAAUUUCUCUCCCAGCUUGGUUCUCUCACCCAGUGCUCAUUGAGAAUAUUUUUAAAAAAGCCUCAAUCCUCUGCAAGCCUCUAAUCCACUCUGUACAUAAAACUGUAUAUUACAAAAGUCAAAGUAAGUGCAUGUUUAGUAAUUUUCUUAAAAAAAUCUUUUUCAAUCAACAUACGCAAAGGAAUUUUGUCACAUAUGAGUUGUAUUUAUUUAUUUAUGUAUUUUUUGUAAAGGACUCAGUGUAUGUUUUGUUUCUUUAUUUAUUGAAGUCUUGUCAGUUUGAUAUUUUUAAAAGCCAUCCUUGUUGCGUUCCUGCUCUCCUAAAGUGCUGUACAGACAGAAGAAUGAGGUUUUCUUCAUAGCUGCUCAGAAAGGGGUUUUCCUCCCUGACAAAUCUUAGUACUCUCACCAUUUCUGAAGCUUCUGGAUGUGGAGCGCUGGCAAGCACAGACCGCUGCAACUCUGGUGUAGCCUCAGAAAAGCAAUGCUUACUUGGAAAUAUUUCAUUUUGAUGGAUCUACUAAAGCUGCAGUAUGGACCUUUUAUUAAAAAUUGUUUGUUUUUUUACAUAUUUGUUGAAACUGUCACUAUGUCAUGACAGAUAAUUUGUGAAAAAGUUGAGUUUAUCUUUUCCUGCAGAAAUACAGUUAUUAUGGUAGAUAAAUAAGUUUUUGGGACGGUAAGUUAUUUCUCUGCCAUUAGCACAUUAGGCAGUGUGUACACACGCAAGAUUGACAGCAAGAUUGACCCUCCUUCUGACUGAUAGGAGUGAUGCAUUUCUGGAGACAGUAAUAGUAGCUCAGGGAAGAGGUGGAUUACCUGUCUGAUAUUACACUGUCCAGGACAUAGUAGUUGCAUUUCCAUUACAAAUGUGAACAAAACUUUGUCAAUAUUCAACUAAGGUCAAAGAGACACAAUUCCAAAAUUACGUUGUUUCCAUUAAAAAAGCGCAAUUAAAAUCACGUGAUAAGUCAUUAAUGAUAAGUCAUGUGCCGUGCCAUCAUCCUCUCACCGUGUCCUGUUUUCUUCUUUGUCAUUUCCACCUGUAGUAAAAC